CUUUCAUAGCACUGGUGCUGCCCUCAGCCUGCUUUCAAGUGAAUGGCAGAAUCAGGCCUAGGUUCUACUCUAUCGACAAGCUUCAGUCAAACAACAACUCCUAAGCACGAUACUUCACCCCUUCCUCGCAUCCGCUUUCCAGACCAGUUCCUUACCGCAUCACCUCAUGGAGAGUCGUCACAUUCAUCCAUAGCAUCUCCUGGUCCUCCUAUCCCACCAACGAAAGACGUUAACGACGGAAACGGUCGUCCUCUUUCCAAGGAUGUCACUCCUGGGAUCUUCCCUGAGAUCUCUCCUUCGAAGAGAAUUUCAUCUCGCAGCGUCGAGUUACGGCGCAGGUCUAAGAGAAUGAGUCAGAGCAAAGGCUUGUCUGCUCUUAAAGACCCUUUUGUCGCUGAAUUCGAACCCUCUGCUUUCUCGGAUGAAUAUGACUUGUCUCAUGAGGACCCUAAGAUUCUCCAAGAUGUUCAGCGAGCCCUAGAACUGCAAUCUCGAAGGCGAGAUCGCAAGUCAUUCGCCCCAUCACAACCAACUGUUAUAGAAGGUCAAACCCUCACCGAACUGAGGCAGGAUACAUCUUUCCAGCAGCCUCCUCCAGCAUCUCCUUCACGUCCUCCUCUGGACAUUGACUUUAGCCCAUCUGUCCAGGCAGUUCCCCUUCACCCUGUCCCUCUUUCUUCGAAUGCGGGUGCUACUUUGGAUUGGACUGGGUCCCAGUCUGAAGAAGAGAAGCUUGAAAGACGUUGGUCAUUGGGAAAACGUAAAGGCAAAGACAGAGCCUCGUUUUCAAACAAAGCCAUAUUGGAAAAGCAAGACACUCUUUUUGCGGAUAGGAUUUCUAGGAUCAGAUCGAAAGCGAAACAGCCCACAUUCCGCAAGGCAACUAUUGUUAGCGACCAAUUAGGACGGAGGUAUAAUCUUCUGUAUAAUUCCAUUUCGAACGAGGACCCCAUCAACCUCGCGAAAGCCACGCGGUGGUACGCUGAUUCUGAUCCGAGCGCGCAAGCCUGGUUAGAUAGCGCUGAGCCACUCACUUGGCUAAAACACCUAUUAGACAAACAUGGCGGUAAACGAUCGAAAUGGCAUUUAUCGGCUUUGACCGUGGAGGAAUAUAUUAAAUCCAAUAGGAUAGAUUCUAGUUUGCCUAUCAUUCGUGACGAUUCUACCUCUGCUCGGGGGGGAUCACUCCCUUCGGAUGUGUCACUAAUCCUUCCGUCAUAUCACUUUCAUUCGAUCAGAUCCUCCCCCUCGCUACAUCAUUCUUUCGGAGAUUCACUCAGGAGAAUACGCUCCUCAGAUGGCCAACUUUCAUUCGAGCCCAGAAUUGACUCUGCGCGCAGCUCGAUAGACGGCGAUUACAGGAGGGCUAAUGAAAAGAGUCGAGGUUUGCGUCAUGUCAUCCCGUCUCUCGUUGAUGCCCAUAGUAUCGCAUCUACCACAUCUCCUCAUCGUCGCCAGAGUUCUCCAGGUGGACUUUCACCAGCUAGCAGUCGACACCUUCCAUUUGCUCAACGGAUACGGCAUCGGCAGGUGGAGAGUGAUGAAGGAUCUUCCUCUAUCAUUCACUCCCAGUCAGACGACUACAGUGGGUCGUUCGCUGGUGUUACUGGUCAUCGUCGCAGGAGACGCGAUCGGAGGCAGCCUCAUGCGCCUUCAUCAUAUUUACCGUCACCCCGUGAAUCGGGGACAGAGACCAAUGCUCCCGGCCAGACGUCAGAUGUACACGAGGCGACUUCUGCACCUGUGGAGGAUCCGUUGCCCUCUGAGCUGGCUUCAGAACGUGGGAUUGAACUGCCUCGUGACAAGCCUGUUUCCGCCAUUCCACCGCAAGCAAUUACACGUCAGAGACUAAUCCACCGGAUGUCCCUCCCUAUCCCCGACGUAGCCAAGAGACCAGAACGAAAGCAGCGCGAAGAAGCCGAGGAGGAGGAAGCACUAGAGCAUGAAUAUGAGAAGAAGUUGCAGACGCUAGAUGAACUUAAGGCGCAGAACCAUCGGGUACGCCAAAAAUUACAAAGGAUCGCUUCAGAGGUCCGGGAAUACGACAACAUACAAGCAAGGAUGGCCAACACGCAUGGUAUUCCGCAUCGAGGCCUACCUGUAGAGCUUUUAGAAGCUUUUAACCAGGAUCCUUCAUCGGUCACUGGCGGGACCCGGGAACGGAAAGGGUGGAGGGCCGUCGAGGACGUACACACUCGCAUUCUUCGACAACAACAAGUUUUCAAGAUGUACCUCUCUGUUGCUGAGGAAGAUGUGGUGCCAGAUAGCUUGCUUGAUGAGCCCAUAUCGUCGCUUAUGGAUACACUGGGUGAACUGAGUCAUAAGAGGGAAGCUCUGACGCACAAGCAGUUGGAAGUGGUUAGCGCUCUGGCCAAAGUCAAGAGUCUGCACACACAAGUCAAGAACGAGUACAACAAUGCCCUCUCGCACACUUCAGUUGCUUACCCAGAGCUCUCUCAAAUCAUCGCCCUAGAGGAAAGCUACAAGGAUCAAUACCAACAUAUUUGGGAGUUCGGAAUGGACGCUUUGACGUUCAUCCUCGACAAUGUUGCGCCGGUUUGGAGGAAUUAUGGGAGGACCAUCGGCGAAGAUAUCAAAGACUUCCUCAUUAUACCCUGGUAUCGGAACGAGUUCACGGGAGAAGCGAAGCGGUACGAUAUCACGUCGUUUCCUUGCCGUUCCAUCCGCCACUGGUUCGUAUUCUUCCUCCUCUUUUUGUGCACAUUCGCCAUCACCUAUCUGCAAACGCGCGCAGCCAUUUUUUGUACAUUCAUGUACUGGCAUCCUUGGAUCGACAAUUCGGGUUUUCGAUGGUUGAUCUUGCCGUGCAUAUGGAUCGCUUUUCUCAUUCAUUGGUCUGCUGUUCUCUUCGAGGUUGGGAUCAUUAUUCUGGAACUUAGAGUCAUUGCUUGGUGGUUGGGUUGGUCAGUGGGGCUCUUUACGUGAGCCUUUAUUCCGCCUAUCAUUUAUCUGGGA